GGGCUGUGGCGGCGGUGGUGGCAGCAGUGGCGGCGUAAGCCAAAUUCAGCCCCCUGCAUCUUUGCCAGCCGGGAUCCCGCAGGGCAGACGAUCCGUCCCCGGAGCAGGGAGAGGAUGGUUAUCCGCGUGUUCGUCGCCUCUUCCUCGGGCUUCGUGGCGAUAAAGAAGAAGCAGCAAGAUGUGGUGAGAUUCCUGGAAGCUAACAAGAUCGAGUUUGAGGAGGUGGACAUCACCAUGUCAGAAGAGCAGAGGCAAUGGAUGUACAAAAACGUCUCCCCAGAAAAGAUGCCUGCUCAGGGCAACCCACUGCCACCACAGAUAUUUAACGAUGACCGAUACUGUGGAGAUUAUGACAGUUUUUUUGAGUCAAAGGAAAGCAACACAGUCUUUUCAUUCCUGGGCCUAAAACCACGAUUAGCAUCAAAGGCAGAAUCUUAAGAGAAGUGGAAGAUGAUGGAGAUGUAUUUUGGAGCACCCCUGAUACUCAGCACACACCUGUUAACCUAAUGCAUCACUGUGACAAAAACCACGUGUAUCAGCAGUAACGUUUCUUGCCACAGAAAAGGUGUUUUUGGAAGAUGUGGGUGUAAUGGGAUUGCAUGAUUGCUUUAAACCAAAUCAGAACUGUGGUGGGUUUUUUUUUUUUUUUCUUGUUUUCAGAUUUGCCUGCAGUUGGCUCACUUGAAACUCCUUUCACCUGUUAUAGGUGUGCUUCUUUAAUAAUGGAAAGUUAGGUGAGUGGCACCAUCAGAGAGAAAAUGUUGGAUCUUAGGUUACAGUAGAUGCCAUUAUUGCAUGCACUUGCUUCUCUCUAAGUUGUCCUUUAUAUUAGUCUGCCACGCUGUUCGAGCAUUUGGGUCAGAAUUUUAAAGAGCAGUGCUUUUGACAAAAGUCAUUGAAGGUUUUUGCUGCACAAUUUCAAAAGUUACUGUUCAGUGCUUUGUAAUAACACCUAUGAAAAACUGAGAUGUUCUCAACUUCCUUCAAUAAUGAAACUCCAAAAGACACAUUCCCUUAUUAAGGCUGAAGCUCCUACAGCUGAUUUUAAAAAUUACUGUUGUGACAUUUUGUGAUCAGAACCAAGCAGGGAUGAAAACAGUUAAGUAUUUUGGACAACACGUGCUCCAUUAUCUUUGGUAAAAGGAAAAUUUCACCUAAAGACAUUAAAACUGCUGGAAACAUGUAUUUUAAGAGGUACACUAGUUAGUAAAUUUAUAGGAGAGUUAUCUUAAGGCAUUUUCAGCUCUAGCAAUUUAUUUAUAUGUGAGUGCACAUAUAUUUUUAAAUGCAGCUCCUCUAAAGCUGCUUAUUCUAUUUUGUGAAGGGAUUAUAUUUUUUAAAAAAGGAAGAUCUUGGUUAGAUCUAUUUUGAUCUUGAUGAAGCAUAUUAAAAGAUACCAGUAUUGCUAUAGAAUUUACUUGUUUUCCUGUGUUACUUUUCAUUGGUUUCCCUACCUUACCAACUUUUCUGGCUAAUGUGCAACUCAGAUUCUUCAGAGUCACAUAGAUUUAUGUCUUUGUUGCAUGUAUGAGCACAAGUGAGUUUUCAGAGUGAUGUGUGAGAAAGGGGCUGUCCAGGGAAUAACUCUAAGCAGCACCCACCUUGUCAAGCACAGGCUGCACCCAGGUUUCCACAACGGAGAUGCUUACAUUUUGAGUUUACACUUGCCAAACGUGCAUACAGCCUUUGAUAAGAUCCUCUCAGAGUGCUGCCUAAAUUCCUUUUCUGUUUCUAGCGUCUUAAUGCUUAGCCUUUGCUUAGGAUUGUGGGCAGGAGGUUUGUAAGAAACGGAAAGAGCGGAAGACUUAAAGCCCUGAUCCCUGUGCUAUCACCCCGUUGCCCAUGUCUUACUCAGCGUGGGUUGCUUUCAAGAAGUUGUUGAAUGGUAAAGCUGAAAUCCACACCUGCAACUGGAAGAAAAGCAUAACAGAUCUACUUGACUCAUACAGAUGUAAGAUCCAUAAUUUUCUCUCCAAGGGAAGUUGUUUCUUAUUAAUAGACAUUACAGAUUAAUUGGAAUUAAACAAGAUCCAGGUCAAACUGCAUUUGAUUGAAUCACAGGGACUAGCUAGGAUUUUUUUUUUUUCUUUUCCUUACUGGAUGUUGUUUGAGUAUGUGAGUUUCUUAAUAAGACUUAGAAGUUCUUUUUUUAAGGUACAACUAUUGAAACAUUUUUGCAUUGUAAUUACCCAGCUUAGAUUUUAGUCGGCUCUUGCCAGUGAGUGCCAAUAACCAGCUCAGUAAGAUAGAACUCUGUAAGCUGAAUUUUGGAAUUGCAGGAUCCAUAUUGCUAGACAGAUCUCCCUAGAGUUGUUGGGCUUGUAACUUCUGAAUUCACCACAGUUUAUACUUAAAAUGAUUAGACAGACUACAUGAAUCAUAGCGCUAAGCUCCUGUCACAGUUACACACCAAGACUCCUCCCUAAUUUUGGAGUGUUUGUUGGGCAAAGAAACACAAGAGCCCAACCUCAGGUAGCAGUGUUCUGAUAAUGAGCUAGAAGCCCAGUGUGUGGCAUUUCCCACGGCAGUCAGGCUCCGUGCAGCACUGGGACAUCACCCUCCAGGAUCAUGCUGUGUUCUAAGAAUACUGCAUGCUUACUUGCACUCGCUGAAUUCCAAACACGUAGUAAUGAUUUCCUUGUUCUCUUCUUUAGCUAGCUUCCUUUAGGUUUUGGUAAUCACUGUCUUAAAACCUAAGAAACAGAUGGGAAUUGUAGACAUAGAUGUCAUUUCAAGGGCAUUUUAAGAUAGAAUUUUUAUUUCCUGUAGCAGGCUUAUGUAGACAAAGGAAACAUGCUGCUAAGAAUUAAAUUAUGUCAUUUAAAGUUGAUAAAACACAGAAUGCCUUCCAGCUGGGUCCAAACACCAGAACGUACUUGUUUUUCCCAAUUCUGAUGUUUUAUUAAAGUAAAAGAGUAAAAAGAAAAUUUCUUCCCCACUCAUACUCUAGUGUAUUUUAGAUUUUUGUGUGUGUGUGUUACAGAUUUUUAUUGUACACUCCCACUUAGCUGGUUUUAUAUUAAGUGAGCUUCAUAAUCUAAGCUAAUUCUUGGCCUCUGCCUUUUUCUAUUCUGUUCUGCUUGUUUGACUUUUAUUAUGGAGUUUUGCUUUUUUCUAAAAAUAUUUUUCACUUAACAGUCUUUCUUACUUGUCAGGAUCCAUUUUAAUCUGCGUAGUUAUUGUUUUCAGAUCUCAAUUUGUAUAUGUUUCUCUAAAGAUUGGUGAAAUCUAGAAUUUUAUAUUCAGCAUUAAAGAGGAAUAAAUAUCAGAAAUCACAUAUUCUGAAAAUGAAGUGUUUGUUCCCUAUGAUUUCUCACACCUUUUUUAAUUUCAGCCCUGUGCUUGGCUGAAUCCCUUCUGUUUAGUUGGGAAACUUUUUU